AUGAACCUCAUGAAGAUUAUAAACAUGCUAGUCUACUUAGUGGAAUCGCUGGCGCCGGCUGUCAUAUUCUUUAUAAUUCAAAUGGUCAAUAAAGCUGUUCUGAAGAUUCAGAAUGUCAGCAUGGCAUCUAUCUCAGUCAAACUAUCGGCCAACCUCAUUUCUGCUGAAUUUAUGAAACAUCAGAGCUAUAUUUACUGUGAUAUAUUAACAACUGUAUUCAUGGAAUUCAAUCUGAACACAGACUCUCUAGAGUUCUUUAUCUGA